AGACAAAGAAAAUCUUUGGGUGGGACACAAAGGAAAAGGGCGAGCGGAGGGACCCCCAGCCCGAGUCUCUAUAUAGUCUUGAUUCCGCCCGCCGCAGCUCUGGAGCAGGGGAGAAGUGGACCCGGGACUGAGCCCGAGCAUCCCCGGCCGGCAGCGGUGGGGGCGGGGCCAGGGGCGGGGCUACGUGGAGCCGGGAGGCGGGUCAGGAUCGCUGAGAGCGGCCCCCCAGUGGGGCCAUGGAGAAGGUGGAGUGCCUAGGGGCUGCUGGCGGCCUCAACCGGGAUUCCCCUGGAGGGGCAGCCAGAGGAGUGCCCGCAGCGGUCACAGGAGUCGAGGACCGGCCCCGGAGCAUCCUACGAAAGAACAGCUCCAACUUGAUGCAGAAAUCCCCCAAUGUGGAGAACCCCAGAAGGAAGUCUCAGCACUGGGACGAGAUGAAUAUCCUGACCACCUACCGCCCUGCUGACAAGGACUAUGGAUUUAUGAUGGUGGAUGAGCCCAACACUCCCUACCACAGGCUGCAGGACAGUUUUGAGGACCUCUCUGCCGGCUCCUCCUGCUCAGUGAAUCCUGGAGUGCUGGCAGAGAGAGGAACCAGGAGUACGGGAGGAACAUGAAAGUGGACAAGGAGCGUGAGCAUUGAAGCACAGCACCACAGGGAGGGGUUUAGGCCUCCGGAUGACUGCGGGGAGGCCUGGAUAAUAUCCAGCCUUCCACAAGAAGCUGGUGGAGCAGAGUGUUCCCUGACUCCUCCAAGGAAAGGAGACUCCCUUUCGCGAUCUGCUAAGUAACGGGUGUCUUCCCAGGCACUAGCGUUACCGCUUGACCAAGGAGCCCUCAAGCGGCCCUUAUGCGAGCGUGACAGAACGUUCACCUCUUGCCUUCUAGGUCACUUCUCACAAUGUCCCUUCAGCACCUGACCCUAUACCUGCCGGUUAUUCCUAGGUUAUAUUAGUAAUGCAACAAACAGUAAUAUUAAAAGCUAAUGAUUAAUAAUGUUUA